CCGCGCGCUCAUCCGAGAGGUACAAAGAAGCUCGACCGCGCUCGUUUAAACCGCGAACAUCGUUAUACAGUUAUAGCGGUUAAUAGCGUAGAGUGGUUCUUGUUUUACAGUGUAACAGUGCCUACUCCUUCCGACGGCGAAGACCUUAUUGAUGACUAGAACGCGGAGGUAAAUCUCGUCUCCGACUGCGAACGUUAUUAUAUAUAUAAAAAAAAGGGGGAAACGAAGAAGCAAGAACGGAAAUCGAAGCGGCGAAGUGGGAGAAGAAAAAAAGAAACACGGAUCGGGAUCGAGGAGUUCAUUUGCUUUUCUUGUUCGAAGCGCCAACCAAAAUAUCAGCCAGCAAUCGGACGGAAUACUCGUUCGCUCAGCGGCUCGCCAAGUGGAGCAGCAUGGACGCGAGGCACCAAGCGACCGCAGCGCCGGCGGAGCGACCGGCGGGCGCGGCUGCAAGCUCGCAGAAAUGGCCUCACCGCCGUGUAGUGCGCGAGGUCUGGUAGGACCGCUCCGUUGACGCAAAGCCGGCGCCAGAGAACCCAUGCCUAGCGGCCCGGCGGUCGUCGCCGAGGCCCUGUGCCUGGGGCUCCUGCUCCUGGCGUCUUCCGUCUCGGCGGCCCGGGCCGGCACCAGGCCCCACCCGGGCGGCAACCAGAGGACCCUCCUGCGGCCGUUGCCCUCCCACGACCUCCCGGUCAUCGACCUGGUCGAGCCCGCCGGACACGUCUACGACCCGGGACCAGAAGACCUGGACAUCACUCGACUGCAGCGCACGUUGGCCGGACACUUUGAUCCCAAGUUCAUGGCCGUGCACAGGCCCAAGGAGAGCUUCCUGCAUCCUAACGGCAGCCUCCAGCCCGGGUUCCGGCUCAAGAAGGGCCGACUCGUGCCGGCUCGGCCCAUGCCCCGAGACCUUCAGCGCAUUCGUCUCAAGGGCCUCGACUUCCCGGGGGGCAUCAAGGUUCGCCUGGACCUCGGCCGCAAGCUUCGCCGCAAGCUGCGCCAGCUCCUCUGGACGUACACCUACUGUCCGCUGGUGUACCGCUGGAAGGACCUGGGACUGCGCUUCUGGCCACGCUGGAUCCGCGAGGGUCGGUGCUACAACAGCCGCAGGUCUUGCUCUUUUCCGCCAGGGAUGACGUGCCGCGAAAAGACCUCAGCAGAGAAGACCGUCCUCCGUUGGCACUGCCGAGAUUGGACGCAGCGGCGACAGUGCCGCUGGAUACCGGCCACCCUGUCCGUCCUUGUUGAGUGUUCUUGCUCUUGCUGAAGAACCGCUGAAGACCUCCCCCGGGGACGACGAUCCCCAUGAUCUCUUCUUCUACGUGUGUUCUUGAGCCCAGUUUGUCAUGUGCGUCGUUUCCGUUCAUGUGAAUGCGAUCAUCUUUUCUCGUCUCGUUCUUGGAAUAUGCGGCCGUGACAGACAUGGAACAGUUUGGAUUGUGGACCGAUGAACCGACGAGGAAUGUCGACGAGGCCAGUGACAAGGUAGUAGCUGGGAUCUGUCACCUGGACUGACAUUUUAUGAAGUAGCUCCUCAAUGACCAGGAGAAGGAGAGAACUGGACAGUCGCCUGCGUACAUGCACGUCUACUGCAAGGCCCCCUGAGAUAACCCAGCGUGGAUUCCGUCAAGACUACGGGGAGCUUCAUGAUCUUUUACACACUCCGCUUGGUCAUGCCAUCAGCCACAUUACGUGCAUGUUUUAGUCAGCAACAUGAAAUCAAACAUGGCUCUAUGGCGUGUAUUGACCUCCUGGUGUCUAGGCUAAAACGAGACAGACUACAUCAAAUGAGAACCAUGGAGGAAACUUGCUAUCGUUGUUGUAUCUUUGUGCGAGUAUGUGUGUCCGUGCGUGUGUGUGUGUGUGUAUUGAUCGUCGUCUAGAUUGUGUUACAAACCCUUUUACCUGAUGAACCGUAGUCGUAUUCGUCGCUGCAUCGCCCUGCUCUUCGGAUCGUGUCUGCGCCGAACGGACUGUCAACGUGCAGCUGUCUUCGCAGACCUUCAGGUUUCCAUGGUCUCGCUUAUAUAGAACCUGCGCUGCGCAGAUAAAGCCCCUUAGGUUCAUCCAUUGCCCCAACUAUUCACUAAGAGAAUUAGCGCAAUAGUGACCAGUGGCCGUCAUCGCUCUACGUGUUUACUGUGAAACGUACUACACUUUGCUUCCGGCUAAGUUAUUAAACAAAGAAACAGAUUAGCAUAAGCCUGCAAGAAGAUGUUACAGCUAGAGGCCGAAACGAUAGCGCAGCACAUCACCUGCCUGUUGUAAAUUUCGCGGCCCUUCUUGUCCGGGACAGGCAGUCCGUCAUUGAAUGAACUAGCCAUACUGUCCAGGAUAACUUUAACGUUAUCCUUCUAUCAACAAACAGUCCUUCUGGUUGACCGCCUUGCCGCCAACUUGGCAUCCUUUAAAAAUGAUUGGGCCUCUCUUCACACACGCCAGCGCAGGUUCCCUACGGUUUAUCUCGCAGGCAUCCCUGCGUAUCCUCCAGCUUUUCAUUUUGGAGCAGAGUCGUAUACGUCAGAACCGAGAACGUUCUUCCAGUGCCAUAAAAGCCAUGAAAAGCCGCCGGAGCCAAUACGGUCCCCGCCUAGAAGACUCCACUGCGGCGAUCAUCUUCGCCCUUGCUAUUUGCACAGUCAACACGACGUCCCACCCAGCGACAGCGACAUCAUCGUGGAUCCAUCGUUUCCUUCCAUCCUAUUUAUAAACAUUAAUGAACGAGAACGUGUCACAGUUGUCGCCCAGACAUCACGUCGUAUAGGGGGCAAUUUUUUAAAGCAUGAUCGUUUAUGCUUCGCGCCAUCCUCCUUUAAGCCCCGGUCACACCGGUCAUACAAGAACUGUCGGCAGGCAUGUCUAAAUCAUGUACGAAGUAAACAUGGUUUGAACAUGCACGAGGCGUGUCGGCGGACACUUAUGUCAUCAUGUCUGUGUGAUGUAUAAGCAGUGAGACUAGUACUACGAUUUUAAAUCGCACCCCCCCCCCCCCCCGCACACCCUCUAUUCUUUUUUCGCCAGUCCUCCUGCAAGGGUGUGAUCAACGGAUCGAUAUCUCCUAGGUGCCUGUCGGUUGAUCACACCCUUGCGGUGUGAUCAAUGGUACACGACGUUGUGAUCACACACUACACCCCCUAAGUGUUGGUCUGAUCCAGCGUUGUACAAACGUUCCUUCGAAACAGGGAACGAAAGCUGGUUCCUCAUUCCUUCUUUAAUCUUGGAACGACUUCCCAUUACAAUUUCUAAGAUUCGGAACCACCGUGGCCGGAUAGUUCGUGAAUGAAAUUGAACAAAUGAGUGAAAAUAAUCCUCAUCAAUCUACGUCUCGAGUCGCCACUAUCACAUGUGUUCCAGUUCUUUUGGUUUCGAUUAUCUCUCGGGGACACUUUACCGCGUCCCUUGAUAUCGUAUAGAAAGAGUCGCUAAUAGAGUUGUAUAGUGGAGCGUUCCGAUGACUCCAAUAACGAUACGCGAAACUCCACCGCCGCCUUUGCGCCUGCAUCGAAUCUUUACCGGGGGCAGCACAGGUAUCAGAACGAUCUACUAAAACUCUGCGAUCAAAAGCCUAAAUUACUUCUAAAUUCAGGUAAAAAUUAAAAAAAAAACUAAAUUCAAAUAUAAAUUUAAAAAAA